UGUUACCCCGCCAAGCAAACAUCCACUAUGAAUACACCGUGUCAUAACACAGUGGAAUAGAAUCUCGAUGAGUUCAGAGUUAUGCUCUAAGUAGCUGUACCAAGUGCCGCACAAUGUCAGCAAGCCUCCUCACCUUUCAAACGGUUUUGCCUAUAGAGAGGUCAGCUUUAUCCGAAAAGUUGAAAGCCCGUGAAGAAGUUAUAGAGCUUGUGGAGAAGACCUUAACUGAUACGCCGGCAACGAGUUAUAAUCCCCCUUUCACUAAAGGAAGUGCUUGCGUCAAACUUGUCCAUGAUGUUAUUCUCGAUUACAAAAAGCAUGCAACGAAGUUCCCUGGCCGACCUCAACAAAUAUCCAAAGGCAGGCGUGGUGGACUCGUGUUCUACCCGGGGAUAACGCCCAUUGGAACUGACUUUAUGAUAAUUGAUCCUCUUAUCACAGAGGGAAAGUCUUUUAUAGGUGAUGUGGAGGUAGACAUAAACUACUACUACAUCGUUUUGAAGGAGUGUGAUGUUGUUGUUCAACCUGGAGGUAAACUGGUAACACUCGCUAUAUCGGAUAUUAAGUGAUGAACUACCAGUAAAAAUACUGUCAAAGUACUGGCACACCAUUCGGUUUGAAUGUUACUU